AUGGACAGUUCAGAAUUGCCUCAUCUACCUGUCAGCCUUCCUCUGGGCUCACAGUUGUCGUCUGGCUUUAAUGCCAAUGAAUCGCCAGCUUUCCAGGGCUUCUCUACUGCCAUUGGCGAUAUAGACCAUGAGUUACCAGCUGUGCCCACUUUCGCUCAUCCAUCGCAUUUCAACGCGCAUGAUAGUGCCUCUACACGAUAUGACAUAGCUCCGUCAUCACGCUCGACUCAAGAAUUGAGGGCGAAUGGUAAACUCGGCCUGUCAAUUCAAGAAGCCGCUGGUCAUAUAUCGCAGGUCUUCAACACGGGUGGCGAACUUGCGUGGGUGUCGACUUCUCUGUCAUCAUUACAGCAGCCCGGUCGUAUUGAACCCGUGCCGCAAGAGGCACGCAACGGCUCAGAAACAUCUGCAGAGAUCAAGGAUAGCCAUGUUAUGAGCAUGAGAAUAGUACCCAAUCCUCCUGAUCUCGAUCUCUGGAGAGAGCGAUUGUUCAAUGUCGAUGAGCCUAUCAUGUUGACCGAGGAACAAUUUAAUACAUAUUUCCCUCACGUCGACAAUAUCUACUCGCAUCGAUCUACGCAGAAGUACAAACGAAAACCAUUUGUUUCCCACUAUUGGGACUGCCGCCUCAAAGGACGGCCUCCUGGAACUCCCAAGUCCGAUGAUCCCAAUAAGAAAAAGCGCAAAAGAGUUGCCCGCGAACGGGAUUUAUGCGAUGUGAAAAUCAAGAUCACGGAAUAUUUUCCUGGGGCAGUUAUAUCAGCUGAUCCUGCUGACCAGAAGAGCGCACUAGAUUCGCUGUCGAACAGUUUAUUUUUCCCAGAUGGAGGGGGCACUCGCGCUAGCCAGCCCUUUGGUGUGUUGACAUCAAACCCAGCUUUACCUAUUAAUCAUUCUAUAACGGGUGGCCAGAAAUUAUAUACUAUCCAACGAGUUAAUGGCAACGGUGGAAAUGGGAAAACGGAUGGAAUUGAGGGCGGGCACAGGCAUACAUUAGAGGAAAGUGACCGGGUCAAGAAGAACAGUGUACACAGAUAUUUGCUUAAGAAAGCAAAGGAUGAAAAGAAAGAAGUGCAGAAGCAGGCGCAAGCAAAAACUUAUCAUAAAAAAGCCACAGGCGAAGCUCAUGAGACCGUCAAGAAGCAUUCUAAAGAGUGCGAACUCAAAUUGUUUGGAAGUUGUUUUUGCUUUGCUCUUAGUCCCUUCGUCCAACGGAUAUGGAUCGCACUUGAAGCCAAAGGCAUUCCCUAUCAAUACAUAGAGGUUGAUCCCUACGAAAAGCCACCCGAGUUACUGGAAAUCAAUCCUCGCGGAUUAGUGCCGGCUAUCCUCCAUGGCAAUUGGGGCUGUUAUGAGAGCACCGUUCUUCUCGAAUACUUGGAGGACCUGGAUGAAGGGCCUCCCCUUCUUCCCCCAGGCGACGCGAAACUGCGAGCUCAUUGCCGACUAUGGGCUGACCAUGUGAAAAAUGCCGAAGAAUUGAAGGAAGAGCUUGUAAAGCUGGUCAACGCAUCGCAUGUCCACGGUCCGUUCUUUCUGGGUCCCAGUAUGUCAUACGUGGACAUUCAGCUCGCACCCUGGAUAAUCCGCCUAAGUCGAGUCUUGAAACCAUAUCGCGGCUGGCCCGAGCCUGAAAUGGGCAGUCGUUGGGGCAGAUGGGUGCAAGCAAUCGAAGACAAUGAACAUGUCAUGGCUACGACGAGUAGCGACGAACUUUACCUGGACAGUUAUGUAAGGUACAUGGAGAAUCGACCAAAUACUUCGCAGCUGGCCGACGCAAUCAAUAGUGGCAGAGGCCUGCCCUAG